AUGUGCACUGUCUUCAAGAGAGUAGAUAAGAGUGGUCUGAUUGAAUAUCUGGCAACAGUAGCUGAUGUUGAUACAUUUCUUGCAUUAUUACUUCAAACUCGUGGACAAACAUGUGAGCCUGAUUUGGACUAUCGUUGUGUGAACGAAACGGCAUUUGAAUACUGUUUGAACGGCAGUGUAGUACCUAAUUUUCCAGCACAGUCAUGUGGCCCUUUAUACUGUUACGACGGCUGUGAAAAUUUCUGUGUGGAGCUUAACACUGUCUGUGUCACAGCACCAAGUCGAACGACUACAACAAAAGUAGCAACCAUGCUGACAGCAGAGACUACCACAGAACUAACUACAGAAGAAGCUAGUACCACAGAAACAACUACAGCUACAUCAGUGUUAAUAACAAUGACACCUGGCGCUACCACAGAGCUUAGUAUAAAAGAAACAACUACAGAAUUAGCAACUAGUACAGUGGAAACAGAGACUACCACAGAAUUAAGUACUGAAGAAAGCAGCACAACAGAAACAACGAUACAGUUGUCAACAACAACAGCAGAAACUACCACAAGGCAAUCUACAGAAGAAAUCAGCACAACUGAAACAACAAUUACAGAGAUACCAUCUACAACAGUACUCACAAUAACGACAACACAGGGUACAACUGGACUGACUACAGAAGAAACUGGAAGUAUAACAGAAACUACAACUACAUCAAUUCUAACAAAAACUACAACAGAGACUACCACACAGAUCGGUAUGGACAGAUCGACUACAGAUGGAACAACUGCAACGAUGCCAACGCAGACUACCAUAGAUUUAACUGCUGGAGGAAGCAGUACAACAGAAACAACAACUAUUAAUUUUGUAACUACAACAGUGCCAGUGACAACAACAGAGAGUACCACAACAUUAAAUGCUGAAGAAACCAGUACAACUGAAACAACAAUAACAUCACUGACGACAACAACAAUGCCAACAGAGGCUACCACAGGGCAACCUACAGAAGAAACCAGCACAGCCAAAGCAAGCACUACAGAAUUACCAACUACAACAGAGCUAACAACAAAGGUAACAGAGAUGAGUACAGAACUGACUACAGAAGAAACCACUCCAACAGAAACAGCAACUACAUCAGUGCACACAAUUACAACUGAAGGAACCACAGAGAUGACAGUGGAACUAACAACCACACAAUUCGCAACUACUACAAUACCUACAAUGGCAACACAGUCUACAACAGAAUUUAGUACACAAGCAAGCAGUACAACAGAAUCAACAACUUCAAAUUUAGUAAGUACAACAAUGCCAAUGACGGCAACAGAGAUUACCACAGAAUUAACUGCAGAAGAAACCAGUGGAACGGAAACAACAACUUCAUUGUCAACAACAGCCAAGGCAACCACAGGAGAAACCAGUACAACCAAAACAACAACUACAGAACUACCAACUUCAACAGUGCUGACAACCAUGACAACAGAGACUACAACAGAGCUAGGUAGGGAAACAACGACUAUAGAAUUAACAACAUCAUCUAUGCCACCAGAGACUACAACAGAGAUAAGUAUGGAAAUAACAACUUCAGAAUUACCAACUUCAACAAUGCUGGCAACUUCGACAACACAGAUUACACCAGCACUGACUACAGAAAAUAUCAGUACAGUAGAAACUACAGCUACAGCAGUGGUAACAACAAUGGCAACUGACACUCCCACAGAGCUAAAUACAGAAAAAACAACUACAGAAUUAGUAACUACUACAGUGCCAACAGAGACUACCACAGAAUUAAGUACUGAAGAAAGCAGCACAACAGAAACAACGAUACAGUUGUCAACAGCAACAGCAGAAACUACAACAAGGCAACCUACAGGAGAAAUCAGCACAACUGAAACAACAAUUACAGAGAUACCAUCUACAACAGUACUCACAAUAACAACAACACAGGGUACAACUGGACUGACUACAGAAGAAACUGGAAGUAUAACAGAAACUACAACUACAUCAAUUCUAACAAAAACUACAACAGAGACUACCACACAGAUCGGUAUGGACAGAUCGACUACAGAUGGAACAACUGCAACGAUGCCAACGCAGACUACCAUAGAUUUAACUGCUGGAGGAAGCAGUACAACAGAAACAACAACUAUUAAUUUUGUAACUACAACAGUGCCAGUGACAGCAACAGAGAGUACCACAACAUUAAAUGCUGAAGAAACCAGUACAACUGAAACAACAAUAACAUCACUGACGACAACAACAAUGCCAACAGAGGCUACCACAGGGCAACCUACAGAAGAAACCAGCACAGCCAAAGCAAGCACUACAGAAUUACCAACUACAACAGAGCUAACAACAAAGGUAACAGAGAUGAGUACAGAACUGACUACAGAAGAAACCACUCCAACAGAAACAGCAACUACAUCAGUGCACACAAUUACAACUGAAGGAACCACAGAGACGACAGUGGAACUAACAACCACGCAAUUCGCAACUACUACAAUACCUACAAUGGCAACACAGUCUACAACAGAAUUUAGUACACAAGCAAGCAGUACAACAGAAUCAACAACUUCAAAUUUAGUAAGUACAACAAUGCCAAUGACGGCAACAGAGAUUACCACAGAAUUAACUGCAGAAGAAACCAGUGGAACGGAAACAACAACUUCAUUGUCAACAACAGCCAAGGCAACCACAGGAGAAACCAGUACAACCAAAACAACAACUACAGAACUACCAACUUCAACAGUGCUGACAACCAUGACAACAGAGACUACAACAGAGCUAAGUAGGGAAACAACGACUAUAGAAUUAACAACUUCAUCUAUGCCGCCAGAGACUACAACAGAUAUAAGUAUGGAAAUAACAACUUCAGAAUUACCAACUUCAACAAUGCUGGCAACUUCGACAACAGAGAUUACACCAGAACUGACUACAGAAAAUAUCAGUACAGCAGAAACUACAGCUACAUCAGUGGUAACAACAAUGGCAACUGACACUCCCACAGAGCUAAAUACGGAGAAAACAACUACAGAAUUAGUAACUACUACAGUGCCAACAGAGACUACCACAGAUUUAAGAACUGAAGAAAGCAGCACAACAGAAACAAUGAUACAAUUGUCAACAACAACAGCAGGAACUACCACAAGGCAAUCUACAGGAGAAAUCAGCACAACUGAAACAACAAUUACAGAGAUACCAUCUACAACAGUACUCACAAUAACGACAACACAGAGUACAACUGGACUGACUACAGAAGAAACUGGAAGUAUAACAGAAACUACAACUACACCAAUUCCAACAAAAACUACAACAGAGACUACCACACAGAUCAGUAUGGAUACAACAACUACAGAUGGAACAACUGCAACGAUGCCAACACAGACUACCACAGAUUUAACUGCUGAAGGAAGCAGUACUACAGAAACAACAACUAUGAAUUUUGUAACUACAACAGUGCCAGUGACAACAACAGAGAGUACCACAACAUUAAAUGCUGAAGAAACCAGUACAACUGAAACAACAGUAACAUCACUGACAACAACAAUGACAACAGAGGCUACCACAGGGCAACCUACAGAAGAAACCAGCCCAGCCAAAGCAAGCACUACAGAAUUACCAACUACAACAGAGCUAACAACAAAGGUAACAGAGAUGAGUACAGAACUGACUACAGAAGAAACCACUCCAACAGAAACAGCAACUACAUCAGUGCACACAAUUACAACUGAAGGAACCACAGAGAUGACAGUGGAACUAACAACCACGCAAUUCGCAACUACUACAAUACCUACAAUGGCAACACAGUCUACAACAGAAUUUAGUACACAAGCAAGCAGUACAACAGAAUCAACAACUUCAAAUUUAGUAAGUACAACAACGCCAAUGACGACAACAGAGACUACCACAGAAUUAAUUGCAGAAGAAACCAGUACUGCAGAAACAACAACUUCAUUGUCAACAACAGGUGAGGCAACCACAGGCCUAACCACAGGAGAAACCAGUACAACCAAAACAACAACUACAGAACUACCAACUUCAACAGUGCUGACAACCAUGACAACAGAGACUACAGCAGAGCUAAGUAGGGAAACAACGACUAUAGAAUUAACAACUUCAUCUAUGGCGCCAGAGACUACAACAGAGAUAAGUAUGGAAAUAACAACUUCAGAAUUACCAACUUCAACAAUGCUGGCAACUUCGACAACAGAGAUUACACCAGCACUGACUACAGAAAAUAUCAGUACAGCAGAAACUACAGCUACAGCAUUGGUAACAACAAUGGCAACUGACACUCCCACAGAGCUAAAUACGGAAAAAACAACUACAGAAUUAGCAACUACUACAGUGCCAACAGAGACUACCACAGAAUUAAGUACUGGAGAAAGCAGCACAACAGAAAUAACAACUAUGAAAGUAGUAACUACAACCAUGCCAACAACAACAACAGCAGAGAAUACCACCGAAUUAAGUACUGAAGAAAGCAGCACAGCUGAUGCAACUACACCAUUGCCAACAACAACAGCAGAAACUACAACAAAACAACCUACAGGAGAAACCAGCAUAGCUGAAACAACAGUUACAGAGUUACCAACUACAACAGUGCUGGCAAUAACGUCAACAGGAUCCGCAACAGAACUUACUACCGAAGAAACCAGUAGUAUAACAGAAACAAUAGUUACAUCAGUACCAACAGAAGUGACAACAGAUACUACCUCAGAGAUAAUUAUGAAUACUACAACUACAGAAGUAACAACUCCAACUAUCCCAACACAGACUACCACAGAUCUAACUGCUGAAGAAAGCAGUACAACAGAAACAACAACUACGAAGUUAGUAACUACAACAAUGCAAGUGACAACAACAGAGAGUACCACACCGUUAACUGCUGAAGAAACCAGUACAACUGAAACAACAACAACAUCAUUGGUAACAACAAUGACUACAGAGACUACCACAGGACAACCUACAGGAGAAAUCAGCACUGCCAUAGCAACUACUACAAAAUUACCAACUACAACAGAGCUGACAACAAAGGUAACAGAGAUGAGCACAGGACUGAGUACAGAAGAAACCACUACAUCAGAAACAGCAACUACAUCAGUGCAAGCAAUUACAACUGAAGGUACCACGGAGCUGGCUAUGGAAAUAACUACACAGUUAACAACUACAUCAAUACCUACAAUGGCAACACAGUCUACAACUGAACACAGUACACAAGCAACUAGUACAGCAGAGUUAACAACUUCAAAUUUAGUAAGUACAGCAAUGACAACGACGACAGCAGAGAUUACCACAAAAUUAACUGCAGAAGAUACCAGUACAACAGAAACAACAAAUUCAUUGCCAGCAACAACAGCCGAGACAACCACAAGCAUAGCUACAGGAGAAACCAGUACAACCGAAAGAACAACAGGAUUACCAUCUGAAACAGUACUGACAACAACAAAAACAGAAUCUACCACAGAAUUAACAGCAGAUGAAAGCAGUACAACAUUAACAACAAUUACAUCAGUGCCAACAAUGAAAACAGAAGCUACCACAGAGCUGACCUUAGAAACAACAACUACAGAAUUAAGAACUUCUACAAUGGCAACAAUGAGUACUGAGACUACUACAGAUUCUCCCACAGAAGAAACCAGUAAAACUACUACAGAAUUGGAAAGUACAACAGUGCUACCAACAGAGACUUCCUCACAGUUACAUACAGGAGAAAUCAGCACAAUAGAGUUAACAACUACAUCAAGGCCAACAACUAAGAAUACGAAUGAACCAACUACGGUAGAAAGCAGUACAAUGGAAUUAACAACAAGGAUAACAACCAAGCAGACAACAACAAGGCUUCCAACUGCCGCUACAACCAGUAUGGCAACAUCAACUGCCCCAACAAAUGCUCCACCUACUGAAGCGCCAUUUACAUGUGAAUCAGCUGGAGAGUUUCAAGAUCUCGGGAACUGCAGCAAUUUUUACCUCUGCAUACCACUGUCAUCAGGGGAGUUCGUGUACAUAAUAUUUUCAUGCCCAGAUGGGUCACAGUUUGAUUCUGUGACUAAGAAAUGCUCUCAGAAUGCAACGUGUAUUGCCCCAUCAUGUAAUGACUUUGGAUUCUACUGUCUCAGCACUUCACAAGUCCAGUUAUGUUAUGAUUCAAAAGCACCAAGUGGUGAUGCUUUCACAUGUCCUGCAAACACAUACUGCAGUAUGGACUGUCAGUACCCAUGCUGGGCAGAUAUUCCUUGUACGACCACUGCAUCCCCCUCACCAUCAACAACAGUUUUACCUACAUCGACAGUGACGCUACCACCAACUACUACUACAGAACCGUUCGUUUGUUCAGAGACUGGACGGUUUCCUGAUCCUGCUAACUGCAGUCUUUAUUAUGUCUGCUCUCCCAAAUCUUCAGGUGGCUUCUACACGAUGCACUUUUCUUGUCCUCCACCAUUAUUGUACAAUCCUCUCAUGCGACAAUGUUCUGACAGUUUUACAUGUAUAGUGACUACUGAAUCUCCUGCAAUGUCCACAACGUUACCACCAACCACUAUUGAGUCCCCCUCAGCGUCUACAACAGCUUUAGCAGCAACAACAGUUACACUGCCUCCAUCUACCAGCGAAUUUCCCUCAACAUCCACAACAGUUUCCCCAACAUUGACAGUGACGUUACCGCAAACUACUACUGCAGCACCAUUCGUCUGUUCAGAGACUGGACGGUUUCCUGAUCCUGCUAACUGCAGUCUUUAUUAUGUCUGCUCUCCCAAAUCUUCAGGUGGCUUCUACACGAUGCACUUUUCUUGUCCUCCACCAUUGUUGUACAAUCCUCUCAUGCGACAAUGUUCUGACAGUUUUACAUGUAUAGUGACUACUGAAUCUCCUGCAAUGUCCACAACGUUACCACCAACCACUAUUGAGUCCCCCUCAGCGUCUACAACAGCUUUAGCAGCAACAACAGUUACACUGCCUCCAUCUACCAGCGAAUUUCCCUCAACAUCCACAACAGUUUCCCCAACAUUGCCAGUGACGUUACCGCAAACUACUACUGCAGCACCAUUCGUCUGUUCAGAGGCUGGAAGGUUUCCUGACCCCGCUAACUGCAGUCUCUAUUAUAUCUGCUCUCCCAAGUCUUCAGGUGGCUUCUAUACACUGCAUUUCUCUUGUCCUCCAUCAUCGCUGUAUAAUCCUAGCACACAGCGAUGUAUUAAUAAUUUUACAUGUUCUACCACAGAGUUGGUUGAUAGCACCGUGCCAACAAUAGUCACGUCAACAUCACGUCCGUUUACUUGUGAAGUGUCUGGACGUUUUGCUGAUCCAGAAGACUGCAAAUCAUACUAUCUAUGCUCGCCAAAAUCGUCUGGGGGAUUCUAUACAAUGCAUUAUCAGUGUCCUCCAUCAACAGCUUACAAUAAAAAUACAAGCCAGUGUACCACAGCAUCGAGUACGUUCCAUGCAGUAUUACAUCAAACUGCAGGACAAACCUGUAGCCCUGGUGCGGGUUAUCGUUGUAUAAAUGAAACGGCAUUCGAAUACUGUCUGAAUGGCAAUGUAGUUCCUGAUUUUAUAGAGACAUGUAUCAGCCCCUUAAACUGUUAUGAUGGCUGUACAAACAUGUGCGCGGAGAGUGAGGAAUACUGUGUUCCGAUAGCAACUGAAACGUCUACAACUGAAUCGUCAUCAACUACAACAGAAUUAACAACAACACCGACAACAACGACGACUGAGGCUACCACAGAACUAACAACAGACGGAACCAGUACAAUAGAAACAACCACAGAAUUAACAACUACAGCAAUGCCGACAUCAACGACGACAGAGACGACCACGGAACUAACUACAGAAGAAACCAGUACAACAGAAAAAACCACCACGGAAUUACCAACUACAACAGUGCCGACAUCAACGACGACAGAGACCAUAACAGAACUGACUACAGAAGAAACCAGUUCAACAGAAUUAACAACAACCAAGCAGCCAACAACCGCUAUGGCAACAUCAACUGCUCCAACAGAAGCCCCACCUACUGAAGCGCCAUUUACAUGUGAAUCAGCAGGAGAAUUUCAGGAUCUCGGAAAUUGUAGCAAUUUUUACCUCUGCAUACCACUAUCUUCAGGCGACUUUGUAUACAUAAUGUUUUCAUGCCCAGAUGGUUCUCAGUUUGAUUCUGUGACUAAGAAAUGUUCUCAAAACGCAACAUGUAUUACUCCAUCAUGUAAUGACUUUGGAUUCUACUGUCUCAGCACGUCGCAGGUUCAGUUAUGUUAUGAUUCAGAGCCACCAAGUGGUGAUGCUUUCACAUGUCCUACAAACACAUACUGCAGUAUGGACUGUCAAUACCCAUGCUGGACAGAUAUUCCUUGUACAACCACUGCAUCCCCCUCAACAUCAACAACAGCUUUACCUACAUCGACAGUGACGAUACCACCGACUACUACUGCAGAACCGUUCGUUUGUUCAGAGACUGGACGGUUUCCUGAUCCUGCUAACUGCAGUCUUUAUUAUCUCUGCUCUCCCAAGUCUUCAGGUGGCUUCUACACGAUGCACUUUUCUUGUCCUCCACCAUCAUUGUAUAAUCCUAACACGCGACAAUGUUCUGUUAGUUUUACAUGUUCUCCUACAGAAUUGCUUGACAAUUCAAGCAGCACAGUGUCAACAAUAGUCACAUCAACCUCGCAGCCGUUUAACUGUGAAGAAUCUGGACGUUUUGCUGAUCCAGAAGACUGCAAAUCAUACUACCUAUGCUCACCAAAAUCAUCUGGGGGAUUCUACCAGAUACAUUACCAGUGCCCUCCUACAUCAGCUUAUGAUCAAAACACAACCCAGUGCAGCGCAUCGUCGAGUGUUAACUGUUGA